GUAGUUGCUCUUAUUUUCAAUUUUGUCAUUGACAGUUUAGGGCAUAAUUAUCAAUUGUCGUUAUAAUAUGUUAAUAUAAGCUUUUGUUGUCUUUAUAUUUUUUCUGGUAUGAUACGGGAAUGGCCGAAUACAUUCCUACUGGAAUUCAAAACACAGCCAAGCAGCUCCGCGAGGAAUAUGAACGGAGAGAGCAGCAACAGAAGAGACACUAUUACCUCUUCAACCAGCUGCAGGAUAUGGCCAGGGAAUUGCCUGUGAAAUACCAGCAGCGACUUCCCUAUGAUUUGUUGUCUGGCCUUGCCAACUCCCUGCUUGAUGGCACCGUGUUCCAGAUUGUGCUCGGAUUGAAGGAAGUCCAGGAAUGGGAAGAGAAGACCAUGCAUCAACAAAGAACCAAACUCAUUAGUGAUCAUAAAGUAAAUUUAUAUUGUUUAGCACAGAAGCAUGAACUUCAGAAGAAACACAAGGCCAUGCUGCUGGACUGCCAGACUCGGCCCCACAACCUUACACUCACAAAGUCACAGAUAGAUCGAGAGAUUGAGACUACAUACAAGCGUUGUGAGGAAGAGAUCCGUAAGAAAGACCAGAAAAUCAUCAUGGAGCUGGAUCAGAAGGUCAUGGACCAGCAGUCAACCCUCGAGAAGGCAGGUGUGCCUGGCUUCUACGUAACCAACAAGCCCCUUGACAUCCGCAUGCAGAUGUACCUCCUCGACUUCAUAGUGAGGCUGUCCAAGCUUGAGAUACCAUCCUGAUGCUGGGUAAAUGUUGAAGAUUGAGUGAGGUUGUGAGAACACAUUUCAUUCAGUGUAAGCACGUGGAAGUACCGGUACAUGUAUAACUUAAGUUGAGUAACUGAUGAUGUGAACUUAUUUAUAAGUUAGCUGUUCGAUAUGACAGCAUCAUUUAACAUUGUUUAUUAGUAUGUUUUAAAUGUGUCCUGUUCAAAUAUAAGAAUUCAAUAUCCCCAUUAUAGUCCAAAGCUAUGAAUUUUUAAUUCUCAAUUCUGUACAUGCUUAAUUCAUUAAAUUUUUCAUGUUUUAGAAGUUUAGGAAAUAUUUUUAGUUACAAAAGUUUCCUACUAAUAAAUGAAUAUGUCUGCGUAUAA